AUGGGUCUCGAUCCAAAGGUUUGGGAAGAUCCCAUGGAGUUCAAGCCAGAGAGAUUUUUGGUUAAUAACGGUGUGUUCGAUAUAACUGGACGCAAAGGGAUCAAGAUGAUGCCAUUUGGUGCUGGAAAAAGAAUGUGUCCUGCUUAUACUUUGGGUCUACUUCACUUGGAAUACUCUGUUGCCAAUUUGAUUUGGUAUUUCAAUUGGACUCCUCCCGAUGGUCAUGAUGUUGAUCUCACAGAGAAGGCCGAGUUCACCAUCGUCAUGAUGAACCCUCUGCAAGCAAAAAUCUCUGCAAGGACAGAUAAAAUAACCACCUGA